AUGAUCUACGUAUGGAGGUUUAUUGCCAAAUGCAAAGACAAGACAUGCGAGUGGCGUCUGCGAGCAGUUCCCUUAGAUUCUUGUGGGUGGUGGAAACUCACAGUUGCAAACGAUGUGCAUACUUGUGAAAGCAACAAAAGGACUGACCCUGAAUUAAAAACCAAAGCGGCCGCUACUGGAAUUGCAGAGCUUUUAAAGCACAAAUUCAAAGAACUAGAUGCGGCCUUUACGCCCAAACAACUGGUUAAGGACGUAAAAAGGGAUUAUGGAGUGGUUAUCAAUUACCGGCAGGGAUACAACGCUUGCAAGCAUGGUAUUGAGAUGAUCAAAGGUAGCCCCGAUGAAUCGUACCAACACCUCGUUGGUUAUAGUCACAUGCUUGGUGCUCGUAACAAGGGUACUGUUACCGAGAUUACCCGCAUUCGCGUUGAUGGUACACAUCUUACAGGGCCACGCCAAGGAGUUCUACUGUCAACCGUUGGAAUGGAUCCCGACGAGUCGAUCUAUCCUAUUGCUUUUUCUGUUGUUGAUUCAAAGAAUAAUGAAUCUUGGGAAUGGUUUAUGAGAAAGUUAGUCGAAGUACUUGGCAAUAAGUAUGCUAUGAGUGAAGAAGUUGUUGUGGCAACAGACAUGCACCCAUCGAUUGGUAGAGCCAUAAGGUUGGCAUUUCCUUGUGCUAAUCAAGUAUACUGCAUCCACCAUCUUUCAGAAAAUAUCAAACAGACCUACCACAGCGCCGCUGCUUCGGUGGCAUUUACAAGAGCUGCAAAAGCGUUUAGCAAUGAUGAGUAUGAACUUUCUAUGAGAGACCUAGGUUUAGUGAGCCCCGCUGAUUUAAAAUCUGUAGUGGAUCUUGGACCGGAAAUGUGGGCCAGGGCGAAGGCUAGAACAGGUCGUUUUACUCUCAUGACUACAAACGCCUGUGAAACUUUCAAUUCAAGAAUAGAUGAUUUUAAAGGUCUUCCAAUAUGCCAUUUAGUCAAUUACAUUCGCAGGUUCCUUAUGGAAUGGUUCUGCGAACUUAGACAACUAGCUCGUGAUCGGCAAGAUCCUUUGAGUCAAUAUGCACGGGAUAUAAUCAAAGAACGGUGGGCUGUUUCAAAAAGGUUUGUGGCUUUCCAUGUCGAUGGGGACGAAUAUGAAGUGGACGAGGGUGACUAUGAAGAGAAGCACACCGUUUAUCUUGACCAAAGAACUUGGGAUGUCCCAGCGGAGGUGGCAGAACGGGUGGUGCUUCCUCCAAAAAUUACACCGGAAGUUGGUCGUCAGAACAUCAAGAAGAAAAGGUCUGCCAUUGAAAAACCUAGAAAGAAAAGAGCUUGUUCAAGGUGUCACCAGACAGGGCAUUAUGCUAACAGCAAACGUUGUCCCAAGGCUUAG